AUGUUACGAUAUAAUUUCAUUGUACUUCAAUUUAUUGCACUUAUUUUAGCGAUUAUUGCAAUUUCGACUUGUUCCUGGGAAGAAGUAACAUUAAAAGAUUAUGAUGCUAUUCAAACUAUUUAUCAUUCUCCAUUAUUAACAACUCUAACCACUAAUGAUAAUUUCAAAAUUGAUCCUCAAAAUGCAACUGGUUAUGUUUUGAAAAUAAAUUCCGGAUUAUUGGAUAUUUGUACACAUCUUUAUUAUAAAAAUCAACUUUCAUUUGAACCUAUUCAAUGUAAACAAACAAUUGCUCGACCUUCUAUUGGUCUUUCAAUACUUGGUGUGAUAUUUCUUGUGAUUGGAACUGUUUGUACUGGUUUUGCUGAUGAAGACAAAUGUCAUGAUCGGUAUAUGCGUUGGUUAUUAUAUUGUUCAGCAAUAUCUGUGGCAUUAGGUGGUCUUCUUCUUUUUACAUCUCAUUGGACAUAUUCAAUUAGUUUGGAAUUACAAUUACCAACAGCCUAUGUUCGAUAUGGAUAUUCUACUUAUUUAAUUAUUAUAUCAGCUGUAAUGAGUUUACUUUCAAUGAGUCUUGUUCUUUGGAGAAUUUAUCUUCUCAGGGUUUAUUACAAUCCUCCAGCCAAAAUGAAUUAUGCUAAACGACGUGUAUCGAAAAAAUCAAAUCGUCGCCUAUGA